CACCCGAUAGCAGGUGGUUUGACGAUGAAUGCUUCGCUCAAGAAUUCUAAAAUCUUGGGUAGAUAAUUUGUUAAAUUUUAUGUCUAACUUUGGGAGUUGCAACUUGACAUACCGUCAAUACACAUAUUCAAUCAUUGGAAAUUCCAUCUAGGUUGCCUGGAGUGUUUGUAAAUGCAGUAAGGUGGAAUUCAAGCAAAGAGUUAUCAUUUAUUCCGGUCUUUGCUGAAGAAUUCCUUGAAGCAGAAUGCUGUGAAGUAUGCAGUCGACACCGAUGAACCUGAAAUAUGAAGCAUAAAUAUGAGAAGAUGCCUCACCCAGAACAUGACAGGAAAGAAGGCGAGUCACUUUAUGACCUUCUUGGAGUGGACAAAGAUGCUACCCCAGAACAAAUUAAAAAGGCCUAUAGAAAGAUGGCAUUGAAACACCAUCCAGAUAAAAACCCAGAUGACCCGGAAGCAACAGAAAGGUUCAAGCAAAUUAAUCAUGCCAAUGCAAUUCUGUCUGACCCAAACAAAAGAGAAAUUUAUGACAAUUAUGGCACAAUGGGUUUGUACAUUGCUGAACAGUUUGGAGAGGAGAAUGUAAAAACCUAUUUCAUUCUGAGCAGUGGGUGGUGUAAAGGUUUAAUGAUAUUUUGUGGCAUCAUCACUGGUUGUUACUUCUGUUGCUGCUGCUUCUGUUUCUGUUGCAAUUUCUGUUGUGGCAAGUUUAAACACAUGAUGGAAGAGGAGGAGGAAGGUCAGUAUGAUGACAUAACAAAAUACGAAGAGGCAUCAAGUGAAGAUGAGCAAAGUGGUGUUGUUACAGAAGAACCAAAGUCAGAGAAAGAGGAAUGUGCAUAUGUUCCUGGAAAACCUAAUGAAGAAAAAACAACAUUUGCAAAAGAUUCACCCAAUGGUUAUAGUUCAAUGAACAAAACAGAUCCAGAAAUUAAAACAACAACUGAUAUUUAUGUUGAUGAAAAUAAUGAAAAGCCACCAGAACCUGAAUCACAAUCAACCACGCCAGCUGAUGCAAAAUAAUAGUUUUUAUUGAUGGUAGCAAAGUCUUAUUUAAUUCAAACCAAAGGAUAAAAGCAUGUUAAUUGAAUCUCAUUAAAACUGAUAGUUGGUUACUAAUUAAGGCAUUUUGAUUAAAAUUCAAGAAAAGGGAAGUUUAUUUUUGUUAAACACAAUGUUUUUCCAUGUUUGCUAUUUAUUUAUGGAUAUAUCUUAGAAAAAUGUUGUUAGGUUGACAAUGAUUUUGAUAUUAAAAUAUAUAUGAUGGAUAAUGUCACACCAAAGGUAGCAUUGCAAUAAAAAUUCCUCGCAGGAGAAUAGCUCAGAAAAUUGUCUUGGGAAUGUUAAAUAUAAAACAAAUAUCAAUAGAAAGGGGCUUUGCAAUCUGAUGACAAAAGUUUUCUAAUAAAAAGGUUUCUACGAAAGGAGAAAUGGAAUAUACUUGCAAGAAUAUCACUUGUUAUAAAAAAUUCUUGAAAGAGGCUUUGUUAAAAUGAACAUUUAUGACAUGCUACUUAUGGUGUCUUUACAGUAUUAUGCACCUCAUCAACUUUCCCAUACUUGCACUAUUUUGUCCUUGCUCACAUAUUUAUGCCUAUUAUCUCCCUAUACUGCAAUGCACCCUGGGCCUUAAGCAUUAUUCAAAAUUAUCAGCCAUAUCAUUCCAACUGAUCCAUGGUAGUCUACCUGUAACAGGUUUCAUUUUGAUCAUUAAUUUUUUUUAAUUCUACUAGACUACUAGAAUUUUGUAUUAGUUUGAAUUGUUUAAGUAUGAGUUUCAGUCACAUUUGCUA